CAAAACAAAAUAUCCAGUGAAGGCUUAACGAACUUUCCAAGUUUUAAUUGGUUUAAAAUUAUGAAAAUAUAUUUAAAAUUCAACAGUAUGAGUUCCUAAAUUUUAAAAUAAGCCAUUUGUAAAUAAAAAUUUUGUCAGGAAAACCAUUAGUUCUCUUCAACCAUUAUAGUUGAAGAGAAUUUUAUUAAUUGUUAAAUCUGAACGUAUAAUGACUGAAGAGGUUAAAAAAGAAAAACAACUUCAAGAUAUUAAUUUGAAUUGGAAGAAAUUUGGAAAACAUUUAAAAACUGAUAAACAAAUAUACAACCUUCAAAAACAAAAUGAAACUACCAGACAAAAUUAUAAACAGUUGCUUGAAAAGCUGCAGAGUAUUGGUCCAUUACAGAUUGCUGACUAUAAUGACUUCUUGGCUAAAUCUAAAAUUGAUUUUGAGUACUUUUACAAGGAAGAAUCGAUUUCAGACCUAAAGAUCUCAGACUUUAAGAUAAUCCGAAAAUUGGGUGAGGGGGGCUUUGGUAAAGUACUUCUUGCUAAGAAGGGAGGUGAUGAUACACCUUAUGCAAUCAAGGUUAUUGACAAGAAAAUGGUGUUGCAACAAAAGUGUUUUGCAAAAGUUUACAAUGAAAAACGAGUUCUUCAGAGCCUCAACUUCCCUUUUAUUGUUCAUUUAAAAUAUUUCUUUGUGGAUUUUUACUCUUUGUAUUUUGUGAUGCCGUUUGUGCCUGGUGGAGACUUCUUGGACUAUAUUUGGUCAACACCAAUGAUAAGUGAGUCCCAUGCCAAGUUUUAUAUGAGUCAGCUAGUACUGGCUUUAGAGUAUUUGCACCACUUAGGGGUAAUACAUAGAGAUGUAAAACCAGAAAACAUAAUGAUUGAUGCAUUUGGAUACAUAAAACUUGGUGAUUUUGGUCUGUGCACACGAUGUUUUGGUAAUGAUAGAGCUUGGACUAUGGCGGGUACUGUUUUCUACAUGGCUCCAGAAAUUAUUUUGUUAAGUGGCUACGACUGUGCUGUAGACUGGUGGGCACUAGGGAUAACCAUUUAUGUAGUGUGUUCUGGUGGUUACCCAUUUAAUGAUACUCGCAACAAUACUAGCAAAAUAUAUGACCUAAUACUGACUUGCAAAUAUGAAGAGCCAAAGACAUUCAGCAAGCAUUUAAAACAUUUACUUAAAAAUAUGUUUCAACCUGAACCUGAAAUGCGAAUAGCAAAUCACGCAAAAGGAGCUAGAGAAAUAAAAGCACAUAAAUGGUUUAAAAAAAUUGACUGGUUAAAAAUUCUUAAUCGCUCAAUUAAAGCUCCUUACAUUCCAAAAUAUUAACUAGAACAUAAGUUUGGAUGUAUGUUCUAGUUUUGAUAUCAUAGAAAUGUUAUAUUUUAAAACAGUGUGUUAAGUUAUAUUUAUUUUUAUAUUAUAAGUAUAUUCUUUUUUGAUAUAUUUACAAAUAAAUUACAUAUAUACCACAA